AUGACCUCUCCUUGGACGACGUUGGAUUCUACUCCAGGCCGGCGCGUUUUUUGUCGUCCACUCGGAAUCACAGAAACUUCCUUCUAUUGGAAUGGUGCUUGUAACAGCGCCUUAGAUACUGUGAUGCACAUACACCUUCGCACCGCAGAAGCCAAUGAUCGAGACAUUUACUCCCAGUUGAACGUCAUGCGUUCUUGGGCGUCUGUCAAAAGGCGCUUUCCCCUCAUCGCGGCUGAAGUGCAAGAAUGCGAGUCUGGUCCACGCUUCAUUAUACGCGAAGAAACAAUCACGAAUCUUCGACCUGAUGAUGUCACAUUCAUGGACAUUAAUUCCUUCCACCAUGCUGAAUGCUUCAUAAACGACAUUCCGGAUGGGCCUCGGCGCCUUUCAUCUCAGUUACUUGCUCGUGUUUAUGUUUUGCACCGAACAGACAAAAGCGACCAUUUCCACGUCGUGCUUGUAAUCGCCCACUGCAUUACGGAUGCAUCCUCCACGAGCACACUGCUUAGGACAUUCUUUGACACACUGUCAUCUCGGAUUGAACCACCAUACAUUUCUCUGGACGAGAGAGUGCAUAUGUAUCGGGAUUUAGAGAGUCGUUCGGCUUCUGGGGAUCUUCCACUUGUCAAACGACGGUGGAGGCAGGCUUUGGGUUAUGCGAUUCUUUUAGUGCGGACCUCCCAGUUCAAGGGCGGUCAUACCCUCCCUGGAAACUUCAGGCAAUCCACACCUUAUACCCCCGCUAGAUCACGCAUUCACGUCUCAAUAUUUUCGAGAACAGUAUCAUCAACCAUUCUCUCUAAUUGUCGUCGCCAUAACAUUACCAUGAACUCCGCGUAUUAUGCCCUCAGCCAAGUGGCCUUUUCACGCGUUAUAUGUCGACGGUACCUCAAGGGCCAGAUCUCAGAAGAAGAAUGGGAGUACAGGAAGUGCCAACCCAUGCAUGUCCUUGGGCCGUUGAACUUGCGCCCGUAUCAAGAUAAAGACUGGUUUGAGGCGGGCGGCUCGGGCGAUGUUGGUGCCAACGUUGGCCUCGUCCGGUAUGUGCUUCCCUUCAUGCCUCUUGGCGAAAUGUCUAUGGGGGAUGCGAGGAGACUGGAACUCGUCGAUGGGGCACCGGACUUCCCGGCGCUCAUGUCUUUUGAUCGCUUUCUUCUCCGAUGUGCUAAUAUGAAGGUACAAGCCCAGAAGGUGUUCAAGCACCCACGGUUAGUUGAUGUAUGUACCUCCAAUCUGGGACCCAAUCGGGUCGCUUUGACGAGGGAAGUUGCUUUGAAGCUGUUGAGGAUGAGGGACGGCGGUCUCCCACAGGACGGCGAUGAAAGUCUGUCUGUUCAGUCUUUGAGCCCGAUAAUCACACAAGUAGGAUCCACCCUGGGCAAUAUGGAUGAUCUGGUACCUGCAGACUAUCCUCUACCUCCCAAUCACUACCUGUCGCCCCUGUGCAGCACGUCUCAUGCUCAUCGGGCUGGGUAUUUACCGUGGUCACCGCCAGCUGCUGCUUUCGAGGACGCCAAAACACCGCGACUCCAUGUUGAGUACUGGCGCGCCCAUCCUCAAGGGCAUCCCGCCGAGUUGUAUCUUGGUGCAUCAUCUGUGCGCCAGCAGCUGCAAUAUUUUGCGUCCUACGAUCAGCACGUUUACAGUGACGAGAUUGUCAUGGAGUGGAUACGUGAACUGAAGGAUGCGACGCUGUGGUAUUUGGGCCAGUCUCAUGGCAGUGAAAUAUCUUUACAGAGCAAAUUGUAG